CUGGUCCAGGGCUUCUCUGUGCCACACAGCGAGCGAUCCCAGCGAAGCCAUGGGUCAUGGCGAGCGCGACUCCCAGUGAGAGUGUGGAUAGUGAGCUGCGCUGCUCCAUCUGCCUGGGCACGUUCGUCUGCCCCUCCACGCUGAACUGCGGACACUCGUUCUGCCUCCGGUGCCUGGAGGCCGCCUGGGAGACGACAAGAAGGUUCAGCUGCCCGCAGUGCCGAGCGACCUUCCCUUUGCGACCCCAGCUGAGGAGGAACGUGGCCCUCGCCAACCUGGCAGAGCAGCUCAGAGUUGGAGACGGGAUGGCCGCGGCCGUCGUGUGUGACCACUGCAGUGGUGGCCAAACUCUUGCAGUGAAGACCUGCCUGAGAUGUGAGAUGUCCUACUGUGCGAGGCACGCGAGGCCUCACUUGGAGAAUCCCAGGUUGAGUGACCACGUCCUGGUGGCUCCCAUCGCGAACCUGGAGGGGCGACGGUGCCGGCAGCACAGACACGAGCAGAUCAAGUUCUACUGUGAGCAAGAUGAGAGCCUGGUCUGCACAGUCUGCACCAUCGCUGGGGAACAUAGAGGGCAUGAGGUUAUUCCGGUGGAAAAUGCACAACAGACAAAACAGGAGGCGUUCAGACUCGUGAAGACGGGGAGAGAGGAGAAGAAGACUACGGCAGAAUCAUGGACACAGCAGCUCAAGGGUGCCUACAAACACGUGCAGGAGUCUCUGCGUGGGACCAAGGCGCGGAUCAGCCGAGAGUUUGAGCGCCGGAGGGAGCAGCUGAGGGAGGAGGAGAAGGAGGCGCUGGAGCGCGUGGACGAGGAGGGCCGUUCAGUGCUGUCACGCAUCCAGGCGGACAUCGCUCGCUACGAGAGCAGAGCACGCGGCCUGGAGCAGGAGAUCAACCAGCUGCUCGCCGCACUCGCCGUGCAGGACCCGCUCUCCUUCCUGCAGGAUCCCCUGCAUGAGAGUCUCAGGAACUCCGUCUCCCAGGAGACUCAGGAUGACCCAGCCUCCGUCUCCAACGGUCUGAACCUCGCACAAGUCAUCUCAGUGGGCGGCGUCCAAACUAAACUUCUGCCUUUUCUCGAUGGACGCUCACCGACUCUGGACACAAACUCAACCUACGACCGCCUCCAGAUUUCCUCGGAUCUCAGGACGGUGACGCUGAGUGGUGUCCUCCACGGUCGCCCCCAUCACUCACACCACUUUGAGUGCUGGAACCAAGCCCUGUGCUCUCAGAGCUUCUCGUCGGGUCAGCACUACUGGGAGGUGGACGUGGGGAGCGCGUGGCGGUGUCGGGUUGGAGUCGCACACGGGACAAUCCCACGGAGAGGGCGUGUUGCCGAGUGUGGCCUGGGGGGAAGUGACGUCUCCUGGUGUCUACAGAAAGAUGGCGCCAGCUUCUCAGUGCUGCAUGGCGGGAUAGAGACCUCACUGUCGGUGCCGGAGCCUCCGCGGAGAGUCGGGGUCCAUCUGGACUGGGACGCGGGGCUGCUGUCGUUUUACAGCGCCGACUCCAUGGCGCAGUUGCACUCGUUUCAUCAAAACUUCACUCAGCCCCUACACCCUGGGCUGGGGGUAUGGGGAAAAGUUGGUGAGUCAGUGAGGAUUGUGGAUCUUAGUGGUGUGUCCUGAGAGAGGUGAACGUGAACAGCGCAGAGGGCAGACACCACGACACACGGCGCUCGCCACCCUCGUCACCGUCAUGCGCAGUGCCACGCCCGUGACUGGCUGGAGGCUAUCGGUGGCUAGGGGCUGCGUGGCUCUCCAUCACAACGGGGGGUCUGAGCGUAAACAAUCCUCACAACCUUCCUGGGGGGGGGGGUGGUGAUAAAAUAAGUUCCUCUGUGUGUGUGUGUGAAGGCAACGUGGAUGUAUUCACCCUGCCAGAGGAGCGUGACUGUCGUGUAGGGGUGCAGUGAUUAUCAAUGGUGAACUGGGAUGUGUUUAUACACUGGUGGUGUCAUGGGUUGUGGGAGA